AUGGAUAAAAUAUUCAGCAGUUUGAUUCAAGGUUAUGUGAGGAUGCACGGAAAACGUCUUGACAGCGCAACCGUUCCAGGAGUGUCCGAGCACAAGGCGGAACUGAUUGGAGACAUACUGUCAUCAUAUCAGAAAUUAUGCCGAAUAGCGAAUGAAGUGUACCAACAGUAUAAUCGUGGACAGUACUGUAUGCUAAUUCUCUUUGUUGACGUUCCUCCUGAAAGUAUUGACGUGAACAUUUCGCCCGAUAAACGAUCGGUGUUUUUUGAACGUGAAAAAGAACUGUUUGCGUUGUUACGUGCAUCAUUAUUGGCCACUUUUGCACCACAUCUUGGCCAUGCUGGUUCUUUAAAUACUCCAAUAAGCAGCGAUCUUCCACUAUCAGGGUCCGCAGAUGAUUCGUUUAUUCGCCUAACACAGCUAAAUGAGACUGAAGAUGAUGAUGAUUCAUUUGAUGUUUCGGCGCAAAGUUUUCGGCCAUCGCUCGAGCCAAAAAGCAAUCUUGGCCCUCCGGCUGAUAUCACUGUUGCCGCCGACAAUUCACGUGGGCCGAGAUUAGAUGUUCCCGAAAUGUCCAGAAAAAGACAUAUUGAUAAACGUGCUACAGCUGAUACUGCUACAAAAAAACGACCAACGCCCAGCGUUUUUGAGCAGUUUGCCUUCAAAGUUAUACCUCAUGAUUCUUCACCAUCCAUAUUGGAGCGAAAUCAUCCAUCUAAAUCCAAUAAUACUGCAGAAAAUGCUUCGAGGUCGGAUGAAGAUGAAGCUGAUUUCAGGCAAAGUUCAUUACGGGCUGUAGCGGAAAAUGCGUCCAGAAAUGUAGACACUGAACUUUUGCCGCAAGACGAUCCCAAUUUCUCGGAACUCAGUGAUGACGAUGAUGCGCAAGUUACAGCUGUGAAGAGUGAACAUAUUGAGGUGUAUAUUUAUAUAUAA